ACACCGAGGCAGCUGUCUUUAUCGUCUCCAAAUGCAGACUGUUUUGCUUUCCUGAAGGCAGAUUUCUUUAGUUGGCAUCCUGUUGAGUUGUUUGACCUCGUUUUCGACUACACGUUCUUUUGUGCCAUUGAACCAGAUAUGAGAAGAGCUUGGGCCGGAAAAAUACUUGAAGUUCUAAAACCAGAUGGGGAGCUCAUAACACUGAUUUUUCCGAUCAGUGAUCAUGAGGGAGGGCCACCCUAUAAAGUAUCUGUCGCUGAUUAUGAAGAAGUUCUCCAUCCACCGGGAUUCAAAGCAGUUUAUCUUUCAGACAACGAUCUUGCUAUUGCACCUCGCAAAGGAAGGGAGAAGCUGGCGAGGUGGAAAAGGUCUAUCAGCCAAUCCUCCCUAUGAUAGUUGUUGUUAA